AGGAGCAGGUCGCCGGGGCGCCCCCAGCUCCGCGCCCUCGGAUUAGCUGCAGCUCACACCCCGGGAUUUGAAGCUGGACCCCGCGUGGGACCGCCCCAUCUCCGGCCUCUGACAGAGCGGCGGCCCCGCGGCCAAGAUGCUCGCGAAAGGUCACUAUGUGAACUUGUUCCUGGUGCUUUGUGGUCUGGAGCUGCAGGUGGGCAUCUGUUGCCCAGUGGACUGUGUGUGCUACCCGGCGCCCAUGACGGUCAGCUGCCAGGCUCACAACUUUGCCACCAUCCCCGAGGGCAUCCCCGAGGACAGCGAGCGCAUCUUCCUGCAGAAUAACCAGAUCGGCUUCCUUCUCCCGGGCCACUUCAGCCCCUCCAUGGUCACCCUCUGGAUCUAUUCCAACAACAUCACCUUCAUCGACCCCGACACCUUCAAAGGCUUCGUGCACUUGGAGGAACUGGACCUGGGGGACAACCGCCACCUGCGGACCUUGGCCCCAGAGACCUUCCAGGGCCUGGCCAGACUGCAUGCCCUCUACCUGUACAAGUGCGGGCUCAGCUCCCUUCCAGCCGGCAUCUUCGGCGGGCUCCACAACCUCCAGUAUCUCUACCUACAGGACAAUCACAUUGAGUUUCUCCAGGAUGACGUGUUCGUGGACCUUGUCAACCUCAGUCACUUGUUCCUCCAUGGCAAUAAACUCUGGAAACUCACCCAGAACACCUUCCGGGGACUGGUCAACCUGGACCGUCUGCUCCUUCAUGAGAACCAACUGCAGCUGGUGCAACAUCGGGCCUUCCACGACCUGCAGAGACUCACCACCCUCUUCCUUUUCAAUAACAGUCUCUCCGAGCUGCAGGGGGACUGCCUCACCUACCUGGGGGCCCUGGAGUUUCUCCGGCUCAACGGCAACCCCUGGGACUGUGGCUGCCGGUCCCGGUCCCUGUGGGAAUGGCUGCGAAGGUUCCGGGGCUCCAGCUCCAGCGUGCCCUGCGCUUCCCCCGAGACGAUGCAGGGCCGGGACCUGAAGCUGCUCCAAGCCCAGGACUUCAGGAACUGUACCGGGGCUGAGUCUCUGCACCAGCUCAAAUCUCACACCCUUACCACCACCGACCGGGCGGCCCGCAAGGAGCACCACCCUCCCCACGGCGGUCCCAAGGAGAAGGGCUCCCAGAACAGCCUCCACAGCCACCAGCCCGGCUCUCGCCUAGGCUCCAGGAAGCCCGGAAAGAACUGUACCAACUAUAGGAAUCGGAACCAGAUCUCCAAACCGGGGACUGGUGGGGCCCGGAAAAAUGGCCACGAGAUCCAGGACUAUGUGCCCGACUAUCACCACAAGUUCAGCUUUGACAUGAUGCCCACGGCACGUCCCAAAAAGAAGGGCAAGUGCGCCCGGAGGACCCCCAUCCUCUCUCCCAGUGGGGUGCAGCAGGCCUCCAGGGGCAGUGCUCUCAGGGCCUCCCUCCUGGCGUGGAUCCUGGUGCUGGCGGUCACCCUCCGCUGAUAGCUUGGGAGAGCAGUUGGCGCAGGGCACUGCCACCUAUCUACAAAGGAACAGAAUUUCUUUUUUCUUUUUUUCUACAUGGAGGAUUUGCUGGUCCCAGGGAAAGGAUGGCGGAGGCUUUGGCCGGUCUCUGCCCAUGGCCUGGUGGAUUAUCAAGCCCAAACUGUACAGCACCCGCCGGUGGAAGGGGAUUAGAGGCAUUAUCAACCCAGCUGUCACCAAUGGUCCUGUCUGAGCACCCACUGAAACUGCCAACCCAAGUGAGGAGAUAAAAACAAAAUUAAAAAAAAAAAAAAGGACACAAGCUAAUCCUUCAUUAGCAAAAACUGGACAAACACAGACAGGAGCUGUGUUCUCUACAAAAUCCUGUUCAUUUUAAAGGGGUUUGAAAGACCCCCGUUUCUGGGAUGUUGCAAGACAGCUCUAAGAGAAAUGAGGAUCCUCACGGACACAGCUGAAGACCCUCAAACGUAUGAUCUUUGGACCCCCUUCGGUUCCCCAGGCUCUGGCCUCUCACAUUCCUAUGUCUCAGGCAAUGCUGGCCUAUUAAGCGCUUGAUUGCUGGGCUCCUGAGGAGCCACCAACCAAAGGAAAGAUUGUGAGAGGCCGGAAUUUAGAACUUCCCUGGGAGAAAGGAGGCUCUUGAAGAAGGUGGGGCUUCCUAACUGUUCACUUAUAUAUAUAUACUCUCUCUCUUUCUAUAUAUAUAAAUGCACAGGUCUUCCCCCUUCAUUUAUCAAACUGUACAUCUUAUAUCCUGUUUAUAAACUAUAUGGAAAUGAUGAUACCUGCUGAAAAUAAGGACUGUAUUGGUGAAUUUUUAGUGGGGGGGGGAAGUUCAAUAAUUUUUUUUUUGGUCUAGA